GGCCGGGCGGAGAGCUCGGGCCCGGGGCAUGAUCCCGCUGAAUACUCGGGCCUCCGCCGGGCGGAAAUGAAGCCAAGAUGUCGGUGUCUGGGCUGAAGGCCGAGCUGCGGCUCCUCGAGUCCAUUUUCGGAAAGGAGCACGAACGGUUCCGGAUCGUCAGCUGGAGGCUGGACGAGCUACACUGUGUUUUUAUCCAAAGUACGGGGGGAGCUCUCACUAUCCACUGCAACAUCACGGAAUCCUACCCUUCCUCAGCACCAAUAUGGUUUGUGGAAUCAGAUGACCCGAACCUGACCUCGGUUUUGGAACGCUUGGAGGACAUUAAGAAAAGCAAUACUUUGCUUCUCCAGCAGUUGAAGCGAUUAAUCUGUGAUCUGUGCAGAUUGUACAACUUACCACAGCAUCCUGAUGUGGAAAUGCUUGACCAGCCUCUUCCCACUGGACAGAAUGGAACUACAGAGGAAGUCACAUCUGAAGAGGAAGAGGAGGAAGACAUGGGCGAGGACAUAGAAGACCUGGAUCAUUAUGACAUGAAGGAGGAAGAGCCAGUUGAUGGCAAGAAGUCAGAAGAUGAAGGCAUUGAGAAAGAGAAUCUAGCCAUUUUAGAAAAAAUCAGAAAGAAUCAAAGGCAAGAUCACCUGAAUGGUGCGGUUUCUGGAUCCGUCCAAGCUUCCGAUCGUCUUAUGAAAGAGCUCAGGGAUAUAUACAGGUCACAGAGUUACAAAACAGGAAUUUAUUCAGUGGAGCUUGUAAAUGACAGCUUGUAUGAAUGGCACGUUAAGCUUCUUAAGGUUGACCCAGACAGCCCACUCCACAGUGACCUUUUGGUCCUAAAAGAGAAGGAAGGAGUAGAGUGUAUUUUACUAAACUUCUCCUUUAAAGAUAACUUUCCGUUUGACCCUCCAUUUGUUAGAGUCGUCUCUCCAGUACUUUCUGGCGGGUAUGUCCUGGGAGGUGGAGCUCUCUGCAUGGAGCUGUUAACGAAACAGGGCUGGAGUAGUGCCUAUUCAAUAGAGUCUGUAAUCAUGCAGAUUAAUGCUACCCUAGUGAAGGGCAAGGCACGUGUGCAGUUUGGUGCAAACAAGAAUCAGUAUAAUCUUGCUCGAGCACAGCAAUCCUACAAAUCACUAGUACAGAUCCAUGAGAAGAAUGGCUGGUACACUCCUCCUAAAGAAGAUGGUUAACUUGAGCAUUUCUUGGACCAGGAUUUAAAAAAAAAAAAA